GUCGCACCGGAAGGCGGAGGUCGCUCCACCGUCGUUCUGUGUCCGGUUCUGCUUCUGCUCGCUCGAAACUGGGCUCCUCGCUGUGUAUUGGAGGCUGGAGGAGAUGCCAAGUCAGCGCGCGCGCGGCCGCCGGGACGCGCUUGGAGGCGUUGCUCCGCUGAGUAUCAGCAAGUGCAGAGAGGGGAGGGUCGCGUUAUUUGCGCGAGAGGCGGAGAGAAGUCGGCGCACAACUUUCCCGCAGCGGCUGCAGCUGAAGUUAAGGGGGGACUGAGCAGUUUCCACGGAGGGAAGCGGGGAUAUUGAGUGAGAGGAGGACUCAGAAGCAGAUCCGAGCCGACGCUGGUGGAACGAUGAGCAUGAGCGCCAGUGAGAUGGAGGACCUGCUGGUGUCGUGGGAGGAGUUCAACCUGUCGGAGGGCUUCAGCAACAUCUCCAGCGUGGACGCCACGGUGUGCGUCACGGCGUUCGACCGCGGCGCCCUCUUCCACUCCAUGUGCGUGCUCUACACCUUCAUCUUCGUGGUGGGCCUGGCCGCCAACGCCCUGGUCCUCUGGGUCAACGUGCGCGCGCAGCGCGAGCCGGGCCCGCGGCCCGAGACGCACGUGUACAUCGCCCACCUGGCGGCGGCGGACCUGUGCGUGUGCGCCACGCUGCCCGUGUGGGUGGGCUCGCUGGCGCAGGGCGGCCACUGGGCGCUGGGCGAGGCGGCGUGCAAGCUCACGCACCUGCUCUUCUCCGUCAACCUCUUCGGCAGCAUCUUCUUCCUGGCGUGCAUGAGCGUGGACCGCUACCUGGGCGUGGCGCGGCGCGGCGACGGCGAGGGCGGCGCCCGCGGCCGGCGGGUGCGCCGCGGGGUGUGCGCGGGGGUGUGGCUCCUGGCGCUGGCCGCCUCGCUGCCCGACUGCUACUUCCUGCGCACGGUGAAGGCCGCGCACGGGGGCGCGGUGCUGUGCCGGCCCGUGUACCCGGGGGACGACCCGGUCCGGUGGAUGGUGGGGGUGCAGCUGAGCUUCAUCCUGCUGGGCUUCGCGCUGCCCUUCCCCGUCAUCGCCGUCUUCUACGCGCUGCUGGCGCGCGCCUUCUCGCGCCGCCCCCCCUCCGCCGCCGCCGCCUGCUCGCCGGCGCUGGAGCAGGAGCGGCGCGUGAGCCGCCGCGUGAUCCUGGCCUACAUCGUGGUGUUCCUGGGCUGCUGGGGGCCGUACCACGGCGUGCUGCUGGCCGACGCCCUGUCGCAGCUGGGCCUGGUGCCGCUCAGCUGCGGCCUGGAGAACGCCCUCUACCUGGCCCUGCACCUCACGCAGUGCCUGUCGCUGUUCCACUGCUGCUUCAACCCCAUCCUCUAUAACUUCAUCAACAGGAACUACCGCUAUGACCUCAUGAAGGCCUUCAUCUUCAAGUACUCCACGCGGACGGGCCUGGCGCGCCUCAUCGACGCCUCCAACGCGUCGGAUGCCGAGUACUCGGCCGUGGCGGUGGAGAACCCGCCGCAGAUCUGAACCCAGCGCUGUCCAAGCGACUAGAACACAAUGACAGCUUUUAGAAUGGGCUCACUGUAUGACGUGUGUGUCUGACAUAGACGAGUGAGAGGAGAUCAAUUCAGUCCAGUGUAAUAUUUCAUAAAUCUGCUCGGUUGAAGGUGGAGGUCGACCUUGAUGGACUGAUUCAAAGCACUUAGAGAAAACCUUUAUUUUAGCCGCUGAAUGCUGUGACUGUCAUGAAGCAAAACAGCGACAACCGUGUAUAGAAGCGCUGCCUUUUCUGUGUUUGACCUGUGUGUCUGUGCUUGUGUGUGCGUGUGUGUGUGUGUGUGAGUGAUGAUGAUCUGUUGGGCAUUGAAUAAUUACAGGAUCAGCAGAGCAAUAUUAAUGUUUUUGUAUCUAUUUAUAUGCGUUUCAAGUGUUUUGUCUCUUCUGCAUCAAACAUCUCUGACGUCUCCUGCUUAGUGCUCCCCUUCAUACACUCCUGCCUCAUCGUUCUCGUCCUGCUGUCUCGUAUCACAUCGGCUGAAUCCUUCAGACUUGCGAUGAAUCAUUUCAAGUUGUUUUAUGCAGAACUUUGCAAUUGCUCAGUGCAAUGUUGCUUUUGGGGAGAUAUACCUGUUCUUGCAGCGCUGCGCUAAUUGAUGCCACGUCUCUGAGCUGAAUGCUGAUCAGCUUAAUUUAGCUGAAUGACCAGAGUUGUAAUGUUCAGGUGAUGUCAUGUAAACAAACUGGAGAAUUAGGUAUAAUUUCACAGACAGCAGCGCAUCAUCCUUUCAGCAUCUCUGUUUUGUUUUGGUUGGUUUACAAACCUUGAAGAGGCUGCUUAGGGGCAUGUUAUGUUUUUAUCUCUGGGCAGAUUCAAACCAGCUGCUUCGUCCCGUUUCCAGUGUCUGAGCCGAGGCAUCAACCUUCUCAUCUUCCUCAAACAACCGAUCGUGUUUCCCAAAAUGUCAAACUGCUCGCUAAACAAAUAAGCAAAAGAAAGUUUUGUGCUCAGAGUGAUUUUCAUCAACCACGGUGAUGGACAAGACAGCUUUUUGUUGCUUUUUGAACAUUUCCCAACAUGGUCUGAAGGCUUCAGCUGAGACUACUGAUCUUAGAGUAGACGCAUGUCGUCUGACUCGUCUGAUACAUUAGUAUUUAGUACUAAUCAUGAAUUAAAGAGGGGCAGCGUCUAAAGGCAAACAGACUCACUGACAAAAGACUGGACGCAACUGCACAGACUUGAACCAACUACACAUGCAGUACAUUUAAUAUAGGAAACUCCAAGGCAGGAAACUAGUUCAAAAAGUAAGAGCUCAAAGUCAGACUGAGAAAAUACUGAACUCACAAACCAAAAUCACUGCUCUGCAGGAAGAAUAGCUCAAAAAUUAAUGUAAGAGCUAAAAAUCACUGCUCAAGCAGGAACAAAUGAACUCACAAUCAAAAUACUCAACAAACGUACAAAGCAUCUGACAGACAACGAACGAUGGCACAGCUCACACGCCAGACGAAACCAACCUUAGCUGUGCUAACACCGGUUAGCAUCAGCGCUACGUGUAAUCCUGCUGCUUCUGGUUCCGAUGACCAAAUACGUUGAUUAUUAGCUUUACUGCUCUCGCUGUGCGACAACCAAGUGUUUGCUAGAGACCAAAUCGCCGACGCGUCACUUCGUAGCUUCUUUUUAUCACAUGUGACAUUUGCUUGUACAGUUUACUCACUGUCUGUAGUAGGAAACAACAUGCUUUUUGAUAUGUUGACACAAACACAUGGAUGCUGUUAUGUAGAUUUAGUGUUGCAAUUACAGAAGACUGGAGACUGAACAUGUGUCUGCUAGAAACAUUCCUUUGGUGUAGUAAUGUGUAACAUGUGCUUUGUUAUAUAUUCAAUAAAUGCAAAAUGUUUUGCCUCA